AUGUCUGACGAGUUCAUGUCACAGAAGGAUUUGUAUUCGAUUGUUAUAAGCGUUGCAUGUGUAAAAUUUACACUGAUCAAGGACCGAUUCCCAACCAUCAUUGUUGAGGGCGAUAACUAUCCGCCUCCCCCUAUCAAAGCGUUUUUGGCUCAGGCGGUCAGCGCAUUCAAGAUUGUCAUGUUGAUUUCGAUCAUUUUCGGCAUUAAUCCGUUCAGCUACCUGGGCACUGGUACGCCUAACAUAUACAGCUGGGCAAUGGAUAACAAGAUGUCUAACGUAUUGAAAGUAAUCUCUACAGAAUACUGGAACAACGUCGAUAGUAGAAAAGUGCGAAACAGUUUCAUAUAG